AUGACAUGACAGCAAGCUAGCUGCAAAAUUGAUGUUGAGUAGGUACAACAUCAAUAAAUAGUUUGAUUAGUUUUAGUUACUAUAAGCGGUACAUUUAACUUGUCCACUGCAUGCAGCACUUAUUAUCUUGUAUUCAUUGUUGGCCUUAUUAAAAUUAAGUAUUAUUGAGUCUAUAGUACCUGUGUUAAAAUUUCCCGUGCCGUGCAGCUGCUACAAGUCUGCAAAAUCAUCGCACGUCGUCGGUUUGCAUCUUUGUUGAUGUUUUUUGUUGUGUUAUGGAUUUAUGAUAUUUACUUAAUAUCAUUAAUAUUAUGGAUGUCAGAUCGUUCAAUGAACUUAUUAUAAAUGAUGAAUACGCGAUCGCAGAACUUGUUCCCGACCACGUUUUGGAGAGUAUUUUUUCAUAUUUAAGCCUUAAAGACCUUUUGAAUUGUUCGCUGGUUUGCAAAAGUUGGUAUAGAAUUUUAAAUGACGAGAACAAUGAUGUUUGGAGAUUACAAUGUUAUAAAAGAUUAGCUACAGAAGUGAUGAAAUCAGAUUUACUUUCCACUAUUACCACUUACAAAGCAAAGUUGAGAGCAUACUUUCAUUCCUGGAAUCCACAUGAUUGUUCAAGAAAUAUCUAUGUCAAACCAAAUGGAUUUACAUUACACAGGAAUCCAGUGGCACAGAGUACUGAUGCAUGUAGAGGCAAAAUUGGGUUUCAUUAUGGAAGGCAUGCAUGGGAGGUGAUAUGGGAGGGGCCUUUGGGAACAGUUGCUGUAGUUGGAAUAUCUACUAAAGAUGCACCCCUACAAUGCCAUGGAUAUGUUGGUUUGUUGGGUUCUGAUGAACAAAGCUGGGGGUGGAAUUUGGUGGAUAACCAUUUACUUCAUAAUGGGGACACACAAGGCCAUUACCCACUUUUAAAUAAUUGCCCCAAAUAUCAGGUGGGAGAACGAAUACGAGUUAUACUUGAUUGUGAAGAUAAUACACUGUCAUUUGAAAGAAAUUAUGAAUUUUUAGGAGUGGCAUUUAAAGGCCUUCCAAAUAAGAAACUUUUUCCAACUGUAUCGGCAGUUUAUGGAAAUACAGAGGUGUCAAUGAUUUACCUGGGACCACCAACAGAUGGCUGAUACAACCUCAUAAAUAGAAAAAAUCUAGUCUAAACAGGUGUGAUAAAUUGUAUUCAUUUUAAUACAAAUUUCAAUGCUUUUUUGUUAUUAAUAAUGUUUAUAUACUUUUAAUAAUAACUGUUUUAUUGUAAGUAAUAAUUAAUUGUAUAAGUUAGCAAUAUUCAAACAACAGUUUUUUUGGGUAAAAAGUAGGAAAUAAAUGAAUUAUAUACCUAUAAAUAGAUUGACUGAGAGCAGAAUUGGCUGUGGAUAGAUUUGUUUAGUUUAUUAGUAGAGGUCAAAUAUUUGGAUGCUUUGUUUUAGAUACUAAGUUCUAUUUUUAUUAUAAAAAAUAUCCCAUUUUCAUUCGCAAGUGGAGUAGGUCUAACACUUAUUUCCUAUCACGCAAAGUAAAAUUAUAUGCAAUCACCUUCUGAAACAAAUAAUAUUUGGUCCUUACACUUUUGCCAUCUCAAUGAUCCCUUUUCUAAAAAAACCAUUCGGACGGGAAUCAAUUAAAUCUUUGAAAGCGGUUUGCCUGCUAUCGGAAUUGAAUUUUUCAUUGAAAGGCGUUAUCCAAAUUUAGAAAAUAAAUGAGCAAGGUCCGCGGAGAACGGUGGAUGUCUUAGACAUUCCAAUUGAAGCUCCUCUAAUUUGGUAGCCGUCUGUUGUGCAAUGUGUGGUCUAGAUUUGUCGUGAAGCAGCAGUGGCGUGAAGCGAUUGACCAGCGUCGGUUGUUUAGCAGCUAGCUUUGUCAUCAUAGUUUGCAAUUGCUGACAAUAGACGUCUACCGUAAUCGGCUGAUCUGAGAAAACUGUAAUGGACGACACCAGCACUAGACUUUUUUGGCACUAGAAUUUUCGCUUGUAGCAGGAUUUGGCUGGCUGGCCAGGGACUUGCCAUCGCAAUGAGCGUUUCCUAUUAUCGUAGAGAAUCCACUUUUCAUCACAGGUAAUGAUUUAAUUUAAAAACCCUGGAUUAUUGUGCCGAUUAAGUAAUGUAACGGAGCAGUCGGUACGCGUUUGCCGGUUUGCUUCACAUUCCCAAUUUGCUUAAAGUGGUUUAAAUAGUUGUAUCAUUUACACUGAUGCCUAAAGCUUAGGUACUCGGACGUGGUUUGCGAUGGUUCCGCUUCCACUUCAAUUCUUCAUUAUCAACUAGGGUCUCCGGCCGUCCAAGGGGCUUGUUCUGCAGGUCAAAAAUUUCGCCGAAAAGGGCAGAUACUUGUCUACGAAAUUUUGCCCACCUGGCCGUUUUGUUUAAAUACAGAUUGAAAUAUAGGAAGAUGUGUUGGUGCCAUUGAUCUCCAAACACAAAUGGGUCUUUGUUUAAACAGGAGAUUUAAAAAGGAUGUGGCCCUAAGUAUAUAGGGCAUACAGCCCCCCAGCAUGGCAAGUACCUAAGAUGCCGUUUUUUUCGUGCGAAAAUCUAUCACUGUCCCGUUUCACGGCAUAGUAAGGAUCAAACGUCAUUUUGGACCUUAGAUCUAUAGUUCUACUAAUUAACAUUCCAGCCAAACGCAUAAACGACGUCGCCAGUAUUAUACAAUAUUCAAAUUUCAUAAUAUUGCUAGAGAUACUAAUAUUUUUUUUUACUUUUGGUGACAAGAGUGCCGGAUCAACAUACCAAACAAAGAUUAGAUUCUAACAGUAAAUCAUAAAAAUAAUGUAUUUUUCGCAAAGGGCAAUGCAAAUUAUUUAAUACUUACACUCAAAUAUUUGAUCUCUUAUUUAUUUAAUAGAUAAUCACAAAUCUUACAAAACAGUUUAGUAACACUAACAUAUGGCGACCGUUUUUAUUUAUCUUCAGCAAAAUUAUUUAAAAUGUCAUAUAAUAAAAUAAAGCUUUGGAUGUAGUGUGUAUGUUUUACUUCUGAAAAAUAAUUUAAAAACAUGAUAAAACGUUUGUGACUUUGUCUCGCAACACAGCAGCUUGGGUAUUUUCAGGUGUGAUUUGUUGAUCUCUUUGAGAAACUUCAUAAAGGAUGUCUUUAUUCAAUCCGAAUGUAUUCGAUUACCUAUACGUUCACGAUUUUCUCGGCCUUCGCUUAAAUUAGGUGUCCAAGGGCAUUAGAGACGUGCUGAUGCAAAGAAUUUAUUGUUCAUGAUAAUAGUGCUACUGCACUUGGAUAUGAAGACUGGUGAAGCGUGCGUUCUCUUGGACCGAAGUACAUAAGUACUGUAAAAAAAUAAUAACGGGAUGUAGGUAUGUUUGUUUAAGGCCGUUACAGAAUAAUUUACUAAUUCAUCUUCAGUUAAACACGCAUGUUUUUCUUUGCUUCAAGAUUACAGGUAUCUAAUAAUUUUAUUUUGACUGAACCACAGGUAGCCCCUGUAGCAUGGCACGCGCAACUCCGGUUUUUAUCGGUCAUAAUAAAAAGGGAAAUAGCAAUAGUUUUUCGAAAUUACGAGAUACCUGGGGCAGGGUUCGAGUGCGGAUACUAUUAUACAUGGUUACAUAUGAGGAUACCUAUGAUUUAAGAUACUCAACGACUGAUUCAUAAUAGAUCCGAUGAGAUAUUGUUCCAUUUUAAUUUGACUGAAGUUGAACCCGGGAUCUCUAAAUAACCUCGUUCGCGAAAUAUAAAGCCAUCAAAAACAUCCUGUAAAAAAACCUUAGUCUCGCAGCUCAGUCUAUCUACCGUAAAAAGUAGUGAGAUCCAUAUAAUAUCAAGUCGGUUAAUCUAUUUAUUCUCUACUUAAAGGACCUUCUGCCUUAUUAAGUUAUUACAUAAGUUAUUAUCAUGACAAUAUUAAAAAAUAUUUUACGUUAUAAACAAAUAGACCGACCUGGACAUCGCAUAAUUUCAUUAUUAGUAUUUAUCACACUACAUAGCACGACGGGCCAGCAACCGAAUUCCUCACCAGAGUCCAAGUUCAAGACCGAUGUCCAAGUCGAUCUAUUUGUUUAAAACGUAAAAUAUUCUUUAGUCGUCACUCUACUCUUUUCAUCAUGCAAGUCCAUAGCAGCCGUCUCACCGAGCUUUCCUGGACCUGCCUAUCCCAACGGGUAUGCUAAAUCGCGCAAGCAAAGAUUUCACGGAUUGGAGUAUUAAUACAACCUCCGACCCAACAUCGUCGAAGACGCGGUUCCCCAGGCAUAACACCUAGCCAGACGGAAAUUCUUCCCUUUGGUGUCGGUCGUGCCGAAUCAUCGUUUCCGUUAUAGACCACUAGAGGCCGCCCGCGACUACGUCCGCGUGGAAUCAUUCCCGCGGGGACUCCGGGAUAAAAAGUAGCCUAUAUGUUAUUCUGGGUCUUGAGCUACCUACAUACCAAAUUUCAUCGCAAUCGGUUCAGUAAUUUUUGCGUGAAAGAGUAACAAACAUUCAUACUGACAUCCUGACACAAACUUUUCGCAUUCAUAAUAUUAGCAGGACUAUAAUAAAGCGAGGAAAAUGUAUCACCACUACGAAUAGGUAAGAAGAUAGUGCCAACGAGUUUGACGUUUGGCUAAGUAAACCUAAUGGCUAAUAUGCUACAUUAUUAUUUUUAUAUAUAUUAGGGGAAGUAAUUUUAUUUCUCCCAUCAUGUAGGGCUUCGUUGAAUAGGUAUUAUAAAAAUAUGAGGUUGAGAACACUAUUUGGUAGAGGUAAGUGACGGUAAUACUAAGUCCGGCCAUAAAUUUUAACACAAAAAACGGGACCCUAUUACUAAGCUUUCGCUGUCUGUCACCAGGCUGUAUCUCAUAAACUCAAGAGAAAAUGAGCACGAUGUUGGUCUGAAUAAAAAAGGAUUAAGUACUUUAAAUUUUUUUUAUUGAUGAUUUCUGCGGCGAAUGUGAUUUACAAAUCUUUAAAACUAAACAUACAUAAAUUUAAAAUGACUAGCGAAUUCGUUUUAAAAUCCGGCGAAUUUACAAUGGUUCUUUAUCUUUAUCAAAACGCGGACUAGAAAAAAAUCAAAACUGGGUGUUUUAGUUUACCCUUGCUAAACCCUACCCUACCCUUUUUUUGUUUUGGUGUUGAUUUAGUUUCACAACAACUAAAACAGUGGUCAAAUAAUGACAUCAAUAAACAAUAAUCCACCUGUGAUAUACGAAGUAACAUAACACAUUAUUUGGAAUCGUCCAAAACGCCUCUUACAAAACACUACUCAAGUGUGUCGUCACAUUCUUAGUAUCUUCUUCAGUAUCUUGUUCGCGUCAUGAACUUUAUUUGUAUGGCAGCUACCUUAAUUUUUGCGUUGGAUAUGAUGUCUUAAUAAAAGUUAUUCCAUAUUUUUGUUUAUUCACUCCUGGCAUAGUUAUUUUUAUAUAAUUUUGAAUUUUUUGAAUGGACUUUCCCAUCGUUCUUUGAAUAAAUAUAAAACAUAUAAGGCGUCAAAUAUUGUCAAUUUAAACUAAAAAUGCACGAAAAGUAUUUAAUUACGUGUAUUGUAUCAUGUUAUUAACUAAUUAAGAUUGUUUUAAGACCUUAUCAUCAUCCCUAUUAAAAGUACUUACGCAAAGGAAGCAUUGGAAAUGCUGUGUAGAAGAAAGGAACGGUCAAAUUGAGAACCUCCUUAAAAAAUGACAAAACGGAAUUUGAUUGGUUACGAAAAGUAAUGAAUGUUUACAAUAGGUGCUCACAUAUUAUGUUUCAUAUUUUCUUUUUAUUUCUAGAGUAAAACAUUCCUGCAAGGACAUGGUAUUAAUCUGACAGAGUUUCCAAAUAAUAAUAGAGGGAAUGAGUUAAAUAUCAAAUGGUUAUUGACUAAAUAAAAUAUGGGUAGAUAAAAAUUUAUAUUUAACAGUAAAGUAUUACAGAAGUGUGAAUAAAAUGGGGUACGUUACAUUUAUAUAAUGUCACCGAAAAGAGCUACUUACUUACCUUUUUACAAAGUGCUGUUCUAAUUUGGGCAAGAUAAAUUUGUGAGGAAUAUAUCUACCUAAAUUGUUUGUCACGUGUUAUACGUUUGUAAUUCCUUAUAUCGUGGAAAUUUUAACAUAAAAAAUCUGAACUUAUUUUAUGUGGUUGCAAGAAACAUACUUAUUGCCAAAAUAAGAAAAGUAUUUUGAACAUUUUAAACACAAAAUAUCCGAUUAAGAAAUUCCUUACAAGAAGUUAUCUAACUUUUACGAACGAUUCUGACGAUGAUGUUAUUCGUAUCUGCAGAUUAAGAUAUAUAAUUACUAAUAGUGAAAAUAUUAAAUUCGGGUGCUUUUAUCCCCUAAAUCCAUUUUCUUGUCAUCACCUACAUAUAAGUGCGAGAACACAAAUUCCUUUGGUGAAUAGUUUCAACACAAAACCUAGACUUUUGUAAUUUAAAAGCAUAAAUAAACGUUAAACAAUAUCAAAUUCAUCGUUAAUAUAUUCUUAAGUUAUAUAAUGGAAUGAAAUCUUAAGUAAAAUUACAAGUUAUUUAAUUACUAUAACAUUUUAACUAAAUAUAAUUUAAUACUGAUACAUGAUUCGUGUAAUACCUUUGGUCAACUAAGUAUAUGCUAGAUUCACAGAUGAGAGCAAAAUCAAACGAAAAACUUGCACAACGUCAUUUUACAGAUAUACCAUUUAAAAAUGGAUCUUUAUGUAUUGUAAUAAAAAACAGAAUAUUAAAAUAUAAAUUUAUAUUUAAAUUGUGUCCUUUAUUGUAUUAAAAUAAGAUCCAUUAUUUACGAACGGGCGGACAAAUGUUUAUUUCGGAUAUUUUUCAGCGGGAUUGUAAUAUAGAACGUUGGUUUGUUUAAUAUAAUAUAGGUAGGUACUAUGUACAUAUUUUAGUAAUCUUUAAAUCAGCUGCUCAUCAGUUCAGCUUUCAAUUAACGUCAGAGCCAAUUCCUGACUUAUAAAUAGGAUUUAAAUUUUAAUCAACUAAAGUAUUAUAAAUAAUGAGUGUUUAAAAUUAAAUAAAGUGGAUUACAAACAUAAAAGCCUUUUACAUAAAAAAAAUACUAUUACAAAAACCAAUCACAGUUAAGAAUCAAUUAUGUGAAUUGUCAUGUCAUUACUAAAGUACACGCAUGUCAAAUGUUGCAAGUAUGUUAGCUUAUUUAAUAUGUCUAUUUAUCACCAGUACGAAGGGGAAAUAUAACAGUCGUUUCUUAUGAAAAUAUGUUACUGGUCUAAUGUAAAACCCUCAUUUCAUAAAUGCAAUAAACAUGUGAAAUUAAUUCUAAGUUGUAUCGAAUUCUUUAUACUUAUAACAAGCCUUCGCAAAUUAGGCCUUUGAGAGAAUCUCAAUUUUAGGCUUAUUUAUCACACGUAUGAACAUAAAGAACUCUGGUUUUGCUUUUUUUUAACACCAAGGAAAAUGUUCAUGCUGUAAUUUUAUAUCGGUAUUUAGGCCGGAGGUGCAAUUUUUUAAUUUAAUAAGUUGCUAAAUAAACGCAACGCGGAAUAGAUAGCUACUAUAUUGUACUAAAUUAAGAAAUAGCACCCCUUUUCCUUAUCAUAAUUAGGUCUUCCUAGUUAUAUAUAUAUAUGUCUAUGUGUGAUUGAUUCUUUGUUUUAAUUUUUUUUUACCAAUUAGACAUAGGUUAAAUUGUUACAGUAUGAGAACAUAUAUAUAUUGACAGUUAUCAAUUCAAAUUCUAUGUCUAGGUAUAAGCCUUAACUUGGGAUUCUUCUUUUCGGCGAUGGGCUAGCAAUCUCACUAUUUGAUACUCAAUUCUAUCAUUAAGCCAAACAGCUAAACGAACUUUUCGAGCCUCUUGGCUCUAUCUACCCCGCAAGGGAUAAAGACGUGAUUAUAUGUAUGUAUUCCAUGUCUAUAUAUAAAAUAAUAUGCUUUCUGAUUUAAUAAUAAGUAUAGUUGGUCUAUAGCUUUUAACCAGACACAGUUAAUGAUUUUAUUUCAAUUAUUUUUUAUUUAUAUAGAUAGAAAUAUAUCCGACUAAUAGGUGGGACUUUUAUUUUUUAAUUAUGUAACAACAUUCAUUUAAGCUAAGCUUGCAGCUUAUUCAAUUUUAAUGUUAAAACAUCGUGUUCUAUGUUAACUUAAAUUUACUUUAUUAAUUAGGCAAGAGGCAUAAGGCCCAUCUGAUGGUUUAAAUAGUCAUUGUGUAUUCUAGUAAAGUUUGUAAAAAUUUUACUUUAAUGGUACAUGAUUUCUUCAUGACGCAUUAUAUUAUUAAUAACAUUAAUCCAACAUUUACGAGUGAUGCUUCUAAUUUACUCAGAUACGUGAAAUAAAAUCUUAAUGAUAACGUCACUGAACAUACUAAUAAUCUUAAUUCCAUACAAUUCUGUUUCUUCAUACGAGUACAAUUGAACCCCUAACAAAUUUACAGUAGUUAUGACACACUUUCAUGACUUCUUUUUCAUUGUGCUGGUAAAAUGCUACAUUGUAAUUUCAAAAAAUUAUCACACAACAAAUUUAUAGGGCGCGGUCCCACGUUAGUAUGUAGUUACAAAUAAUGUAAAGUUAACUCUAUGCAAUAGUAAGAAAUCUUUUAAUUCGUACAAAGAUUUGAUUGAGUAUUUCAAUUACGUAGAAAUUUUGACUACUUAAUAAACCAAACAGUCAUAGCUCACGCUGCCCAUUAUAGAUUGCGAUUCUUAUAAUCUGAUAAUAAUCUAAACCUUAGCUUAUUACUACAAAUAUUAUUCAAAUUAAAUGGACGCGAUGAAAUAUUGUUCUUUACUAAUAGGCAAUUUGAUACAAUAGAUUCUAGCUAACCACCCUGAAAGGGAUUACAGCCAUGAUUACCUACUUUUCUCACAUUUACUAGUCAACGUGUUGCAGUUGCUUUGCUUGUUCAAAUGGUUUUUUAUCUUGUAGGUUGUCUUUCAUGUGAGGUUUGACUUUUGUAGGUGGAAA